AUGGCAGCCACGACGGUGACUCAUCCUCCCCCGCCCAGCCUCCACACCCACAACAGGCGCCACUACUAUCUGUGUGGUGGCCAGACCCUUUCGUGGGAGGAGCAAUGGUAUACGGAGCCAUUUUUCACCUCUUAUCGCGCCUCCUACGAUAGUGCAGCCUCUACAGGGCCUGUGCAGCCUCCGGAGAGUGUCUACAAGUCGGUAGGGGAAUGUUCAAGGGUGCUGAGCUCACUGAGCGCGGAAGGUAUCACUGGCAGUAGCGCACUAUCGGCCAGUGGGAGCCAGAUGGAAGGACCACAGACGACACGAGUGACCACCAGUAUACGGUCAACAUUCACCUCGGACGGAGAGGUGGAGACGACGACGUACCGGUCGGUGAUCACUUCGACUUUAUCAGUCGAAACGGGAUCCAGCGACUCAUCUUCCAUGGCUUCGAGUACUUCCACAGCUGUGGCCACUUCUACCACGACAGUGUCUACCGCCACCAUACCCCCUGCGACGCCAUCAGAACAAGUGGCGGGGACGCUCAACACGUGUGCAGGAGAGUGGGAUUGGCAAGGAUGGGGUGCUGUGGCAGGUUUGGGGUCUGGGGUUAUCGUGGGAGGGCUGUUGUGGUUGGCGUGGAUCUUUCUGCGGAGUCGUGUUCCUACGAUCUUCUCACCAAAAUCGUGGUACUCACGUCCAGAUUUGCGACCCUCUGCAAGGUGGUCAUUCUUUGCCUUUCUCCUACCAUUCCUUCACCUUCCUUCCAUCGAUAAAGCAGGCGCGUCGCCAUCCGAAGGUGACAACGCCCUACACGUUUUGCUGGCAGGGCUAAAACUUUCAGCCAACGCGUCAGUCGUGGCACUUGCGGUGAUUCUUCCAAUCAUUAUGGCCGGCGUGCCGUGCUUGAGAGACACAUCGCCCUCCAACUCCCUAGGAGGUCGAUUGGGGGCGCUGACUGACAUGUCGUUAGUGAGGCUUUUGGACGCUCUCGACCCCAGUCCAGAUUCUCCCGCCGCAGACACCUUUCUGGCCAUGCUGGUCUCUACAGGCAAGAAACGAAAUCUACCAUCGACCAUAGCCCCAGCUAUCAGCUCGGCACGAACGCGACUGAUUGUCAUCCUCGUCCUUUUGACCGUCUUGUCUGUCGGUGGAGGACUGUUUGUGGUGACGCGAGCUUACGCUGCGUUGAUGCGAGCCAAAAGAGUUUUUGAAGACGAAACAUGCCACGGGGUGGAUAUGGUCUGGAUAGAUGUUCAGCGAGCCCAUGGCUGGGCAGGACUAUCCGAGGAGGGCCUCAGGAGGUGGUUCAAGGAAUGGUGGCAGAUCUCUUUCCGAGACAAUAGAGAUCAGGAGUCUGAAGUCGAAGUUCUCGGACUGUUUGCAAUCCCCGAUACGACAGAGCUCAAGAAAGUUGUCGCUGAUAGAGAACAAGUGCUCCUCAAACUCGAGCAAGUCGAGACAAGGUACAUCCAUUUCUUUAAAGUCUCAGCUCCGUCGACUCCUGGAGGACGUGGACUGGAAACCGUAUGGUCACCAAAAAGUAGCCAGAGUACUCGUGUGGCCGACCAGAUGUCACCGUCUAAUCAGGGAGCAGACUUUCUGGGGCCGAAAGGCUUCUACAAAGUCGGCUCUAUCGACGAUCCUCCCUCCGGCGAACGUCUUGAAUCUGACCCCCCUACCACUGUGACUACAGCUCCGACAGGUACCAAAUUUCACGAGCUCAACCGUGAUUCCAUCCUCAUGGGCGGUCGCUUCCAAGUCGGCCAACGCAUCAAGGUCGACGAGCACGGCAACUACGUUCCUGACCCAUCACCUCCAACGUCGUCUGAAAGUGCUGGGCAUCUAUACAGCACGGGACUCAACGAGACUGACGAUAUGCUCGGCUCUGCGGAAAGUGGAGAUCUUGGGAAGAUACCUACAAGAUCCGCAUCGGGGCAUUUUGCGCCCAUGACCACACCAGCCGACAUUGGUUCAAUCAGUCCAAACGAUGCCGACAUCUCAAACUCGUAUUCUGACCCUGCGUUGCUCCGGCCGCAGCCGAGAUCACAUGAGGAACUUUUUCCACGCCCGGUAUCCUCUGGUCCCCAGGCGUCCUCGCACAGACAUUCGGGUGCACCUUCAACGACUGCCAAGACGUAUAUGGAAGUCCGCGAACUCCGAUCAAAAUUCAAAGAGCUCAACACCGAGGUCGAAAGGUUGCAAGCUGGCAAGUUUGCAGAGAUUUCACAGAGCACAAAGGGGCAAGAAGGUCAAGUCUCGAGCGCUAUCCUUGGGUGGAUCGUAGUCGGGAGAGGAGUAAAAUGGCUUCACGGAGCGGACGCGAUUGAAGGUAAGAGCAAAGAAGAUAUCCUGUGGGAUCAACUGGGUCAAACGGGGAGGAAGAGUGAGAUGACGUUCUGGGCAGAAGUAUGUCUACUGGGAUUUCUGUUGAUGGCCAUAUGUGUUCCAUGUCUGGGCCUCGCUGUGGGCACAGCUCCUGGCCUCUCCUACUAUCUAGGGCUAUUCAAACCUCUCGCUAGAAGUGAUGGCUUUGGAUCGGGCUUCGUAGAAGGUUUGGUGCCUGCUAUCAUUCUUUCGCUGGCUAUGGGUACAUCUAUAUGGUUCGUUGAGAAACUUGCAGAGCGCGUGCACAGCGUGACACACUUGAGACGGAAGCUGCUGGCAUACAAAGCGACGUUCUGGCUACUAGCAACCUUGCAGCUCUGGGUGAUGCUACUCUGGGUGAUCCUGACGAUUGCUCUGGAAUAUGCAACCCAGAACUUUGUCCUGGGAGUACAGAAAGCUCGAGGGGUCGGGGAUGGUGCUUCAUGGUCCUCUUGGUUCAUAUUUGUGCUUUUGUUGAAUAUCGCUUUUAUCGCUCCCGGGCUGUAUCUGUUACAAGGGAAGCGAUUACUCAGCUAUCGUCUAAGUAUGGGAAAAGCCGUAACUCCCAGGAAACUUUUCAGGCUCAGACAACCUCCAUCUUACAUCCUCUCAUAUGCCAUGGCUCCCUGUCUCCUAGCCGUCUUUUACGCCUCCACCCUUCUUUUCCUCUUCCCCUUACUGGCCAUCCCGAUACUCUUGACUCUCUACUUGACAUUCAUCGCGAACAGAUACAUGGUAUCGCACGUGUUUAUUGACUCUUCUAAUGGCCAUUUGGGGACCCUUGCGGGGCUCUGGACAGUCAGAAGGCUCGGAUGGGUAUUGGCUCUUGGGCCCGUUCUCUAUGGUCUGAUCAUGCUGUCGAGGAAUGAGUGGGCCCUCGCGGCAGUCUCUUUAGCUGUUGGGGUUAUCGCCUUCGUAUCGGCUGAAACCCUUACAUUCUGGCGGAUACCCUCACCCAGCUAUAACAAUCUCAAGCCCGAUACACGGCAAGCACUCGACAGAGUGAAAGCCUUCCAGCGAGGUUCAACGACAGACUCUCAUAUGACUAGGGUACCAUCUAGGCAAUCUGAGCUUUCUCUUUUUCGGCGAGUAGCCGCGUUACUUCCGGGAUAUACCAGACUGCCUCCAGAUUGUCCUGUUCCCCUCAAGACGGACAAGAUCGAUGACAUGUUUCAAACCGAGCUUGCCGCCUACUCCAACCCAGACCUCAGGCCAGGGACCAUUGUUUCCUCAGGGCUGUAUCAAGAGACAACCGAGACAAAGGGCCUUGUAUACCCCCCUGAGAUGCUCCAGCCGGUACCACUCAUCUGGCUGCCAUACGACGAGGCGCGGGUCGCAGAGAAUGAGGCGGAGGACUUGGCGGUGCAUCAUGGCCUUGUGGCCAUCGUUGAUCACGUGGGCAGGGAAAGGGAUCUGGAUGCAAGGAUCCAUGGGAGGGAGGAUAGGAGGGUGUCGGGAGAUGGAGGCGAUGUCGAUUCGCCUUUGCUCGACCAGGAAGGGGACAGGCGCGUGUGA